AUGCUGCUUUCCUCAACUAAACUCCUGCAUCAGCAGGAUCCUUCAUAUCUGCCGGUCCAUCGUAUCCUCCUACGACAGUCUUUUACCAGCCAUACUCUCCACCAUUAUAUCCUUCCAUCUAACUGGGGUCUUCCUCUCCUUCUUCUACCCUCUGUCUCCCAAUCCAUAAUUAUGUUUGGAAUCAGCCAUUCGUCUCACAUGGCCAUACCAUCUGAGUCUCUAG